AAUGCGAAGCUCUGAAGGAUCGCAAAGGUCUUGGUGCUAUUGUUAGAAACCGUUUAUUACAUGAUGGUCUGGUUGUUAUCGUUGGCCAUCCUGGAGGAAGCGAAAUGUACGAGGAAGCAUGCGUUGUUGUCAGCAACCACUCUUGGCGUGAGAUCCUCAAGCAAAGGGAUGAGAAAUGUAAGCGAAGAAAUGAGGAAUUUCGGCAAAGGCAUGAUGCAGAUUUACAGAUUUCUCCUGGCGUGCACAUGACCAAUGAAUAUUUACUACAGUCGGCGAACAGAUAUGAAGAACAAAGAUGUCUUCCAUACGACACAACUCUAUUUUCUGGUGCUAGCGGUUCUCCUGUUUUUGAUCUAAAUGGGAAUAUCGUUGCAAUGCACACGCAGGGAUAUUUACUAGACGUCGAGGGAAGAAAAUGUUCCGUGAUGGAAUUUGGCGUUCAGUUCAAUGCCAUGUGCGAAAAUUUGAGAGAACGGAAUCUUCUUGAACAAUUCUUCCCAAAUUAUGACUUGGAACAUCAUGAAGAGCGAAUGGACAAAG